UGUGUUUUGAUUCAAUUGUUCCAUGCAUGUUGUUGUCAAUUUUUUUCGAAAUAAUUUUUUAUUACUCACGUUAAAUGUGAUUAUCAUCAUUAUUUUUAAUCGUAAUUCUUCAUUUCCAUUAUGGCUACAUUGAUAUCGAAUAAUAAUGAUGGCACAGCAAACAUCAGUAAUGAUGGUGUACAUGUUGUAUUUGUAAUCGAUAUGUUACUCAAACCACGAUUUGAUCAAUCAACAUUAAUCCAAUGUUUGGAUGCUAUUCUUGCAUUCGGUAAUUCAUUUCUAAUGCAAUCUGGAUAUAAUCGUUUGACUAUUUUGGGAUCCAGUUCGGUGAAAAAUGCUGUCCUUUAUUUUGAUGACAAUUCCAAUGAUGAUGAUCAACAACAACAACAGGAUCAAAUUAUAAUCGAAGAUCAACAGAAUGAACAAUUUGCUUUGGUCACACAGACUUUUCGCCGUAAUUUUCUACAAUGGAUUCAAGAAUGUCGAAAUUUAUUUCAGCAGACAUUAGCAACUCAACAAUCUCAACAACCCGAAAUACAGCAAACAUUAUCAUCAUUGUUAUCUGGUGCCCUAGCACAAGCUUUAUGUAUGAUUCAUUCGUAUAAAAAUGAAAUGAAACAUUCAAGAAUAUUGGUGUUCAGCCUUGGUGCCGAUCAUUCGGAUACAUAUUCAUCACAAUAUAUGAAAUUAAUUAAUUGUUUUUUUGCUGCACAAAAAAUUAAUGUCUUGAUUGAUGCAUGUUCAAUUAGUAUGAAUCGUGAAACAGAAGAAACGGCACCAGUUUCAGCAAGUCUUGAAGAUCAAUUUGCAGCUUCAGUAUUGCAACAAGGAUGUGAUCUAACUGGUGGUCGUUAUAUUCGUAUACAUAAAGUAGCAUCCAUAUUGGAACAUUUAUUCUGGUGUUUAACACCAUCGGCCACUGAACGACCACAAUAUGUUUUACCACCAAAACAUGAAAUUGCUCCACCUGCUGCUUGUUUUUGUCAUCGUAAAUUAUUAGAUAUUGGCUAUGUUUGUUCCGUUUGUUUAUCAAUAUUUUGUCAAUUUUUACCAUAUUGUACAACUUGUAAUUCGAAUCUAUUUAAAAGUAAUUUAAAUCAAAUUUCUAAAUUGAAAUCAUCAUCAACCGUGACGGUACUUCCUAAUGAAUAAAAAUAUAUAGAG